GAUUGGUAGUCAAAGGAUUUCAGCAAAAAGAAGGAGUUGACUACACAAAAAUCUUAUCUCAUGUAGUCAAAUUGAUUACUGUUAGAUCGGUUCUGAGUAUUGUUACAGUUAAAGAUAUACAUCUUGAGCAAUUAGAUGUGAAGACAGCUUUCCACCAUGGUGACCUAGAGGAAGAAAUAUACAUGAGGGUUCACUCAGAAAGGCAAAGAAAAGAUGAUAUGCGGAUUGAAAAUGAGCUUGUAUGGUCUGAAACAAUCUCCAAGGUAAUGGUACAAAAAAUUCGAUGGAUUCAUGCACAUGAACGGAUACUCCAGGUGCAAUGCUGAUCAUUGUUGUUUCUUCAAGAAGUUUGACACUGAUUAUAUUAUUUUGCUACUAUACGUCGACGACAUGCUAGUAGUCGGUUCAGACAUGGGUGAGAUCAAGAAGCUGAAGAAGCAGUUGUCGAGUGAGUUCGACAUGAAGGACUUAGGCGCAGCGAAGCAGACAUUGGGGAUGAAGAUUAGCAGAGACAAGUUUUUGGGCACAUUGCGGUUAUCUCAGGCCGAUUACAUUAGACGGGUGCUUGAGAGGUUUGGAAUGAGUGGUGCUAAGACCGUUAGUACACCUUUAGCUAGUCAUUUUAGGUUGACUAAAGAGCAGUGUCCAGUGACUGAUGAGGAGAAAAAUUACAUGAUGAAAGUUCAUUAUGCUUCAGCCAUUGGAAACCUUAUGUACGUCAUGGUAUGCACGAGAUCUGACAUUGUCAUUACAGUGGGAGCUGUGAGUAGAUUCAUGUCAGAUUCAGGAGAGCAACACUGAGAAGCAGUAAAGUGGAUUCUAAGGUAUCUACGAGGUACAAUAGAAAAUUAUUUAUGCUUCAAGAGAGGCAAGUUGGUUCUUCAGGGAUUUGUUGAUGCAGACUAUGCUGGUGAGAUAGAUCAGAGGAGGAGCACUACGAGGUAUGUGUUCACAUUAGGUACUACUGUCAUCAGUUGGGUCUCUCAGUUGCAGAAGAUCGUUGCUCUGUCGACUACAGAGACAGAAUAUGUUGCUGUGACAGAGGCUAGCAAAGAGAUGAUAUGGUUGUAAGGAUUCUUGGAGGAGUUGGGACUGAAAAGUGAGAAGAAUAUCUUACACUGUGAUAGCCAGAGCGCCAUCCAUUUGGCAAAGAAUCCAGCCUUUCAUGUCAAGACCAAACAUAUACAGGUUUGUUAUCACAUCAUAAGAUCAGCAUUGGAUGAUGACAUGUUGGAACUUAUGAAGAUUCAAGGAAGCAAGAACCUGGCUGAUAUGCUUACGAAGACUGUCACUACGAAGAAACUAAAGUUAUGUUCAACUUUAGUUGACCUCAUUACUUGAUGAUAUAGGAGGCCUUCGCCGCAGGAAAAAAUGGUAAAGAUUGAAAGUUAGUCUCCAAGUGAGAGAUUGUUAGGUUAUGUGGAGUCUAACUAUCCGACUUGCCCUAUUUGCUUAAUUGAAGAGGAAACAGGAAAUUGAAGAGGAACAGCAACAUUAUAGGAAAAAAUGAUGAAUAACAGGUUUUGGACGAAGGAAACACUUUAGAGGCUUUACGGUCGACCGCGAGACAAGAUGCGGUCGACCGCUAACAUGCACAAGACAGGGUGGUCUCUGGAUUUUUGACGGUCGACCGUGGCAACAUGUCCGAUCGAUUGCAGACCCUGUAAUCGAUUUACGUAGUUUCUGUCGUUCUGUCCGGUCGACCACGACGUCAGGUGCGGUCGAUCGCGAGUUGGGUUUUGGGCCUGGGCUCUUUUUUUCUGAACUGUUUGAGAUUCCUAUUUGUAUUAACCCUUACGUUAUUAAAAAGGUGAUUAGGACAAUUUGUAAACUGACGAAAAAUAGUGGAAUUUUCUCCUGCGGCGGCUAUGGACGUAACUUCUCUCAUCGAAAAGUGAACCAUGUAAAUUCUGUAUGUUCUGUGAUUUGUUUCUCCCUCUCUUCUUUCUCUCAUCUUUAUUUCCAAAUCGCAACAAGGGCUUGAAAAACCCUAACAGAAUGAAACAAAGAAUGCUAAACCACCUUUUCGCUUAUCCACACUCAUAUACGUACACAUAAAAAAUCUUAUCCAAUAAAUUCAAACUAAGUGAAUCCUGGUAAGAUUCUCUUGCUCUGAACCCCCAACUGUAAUAACUCAGCAGAUCUUAUAAAUCUUUCCACAUUUCUUCUUCGAAAACAUUUUUUCCUUGGUUCUUCGUGUGGCCUUUCUCAUAACAAGGGAGUUUGUACUCAAAAUAUCUACCAAUUUUGUACUCUCUUACUAAGAAAAACUCCAACCAAAUUAUAAGAAGCUAGUCUGAAAAAAUUCCCCUGCCAUUCAUUCUAUGAAUUCCUACUCAACUCUACCCAUACGUGUCAUAGAGUUUCCUACAAAAAUAUAAAACCAAAGAGAAGAAUACCUUUAGUCCUCUCUUUGAGUAUAGCCAUUAUGUUAACUGGAAGGGAUUUCUAUGAGGUGCUCUCAGCUCUUGUGCCCUUGUAUGUUGCUAUGAUUCUAGCCUAUGGCUCUGUUCGAUGGUGGAAGAUCUUCACCCCUGAUCAGUGUGCUGGAAUCAAUCGCUUUGUUGCGGUCUUUGCUAUUCCUCUUCUCUCUUUCCACUUUAUCUCCGCUAAUAACCCUUAUGCCAUGAACUUUCGCUUCAUUGCUGCUGAUGCUCUUCAAAAGGUGGUCAUCCUUGUCAUCCUCUUAUUAUGGAACUUCACCAAGUUUGGGAAUCUUGAUUGGUUAAUUACCUUUUUCUCCCUUUCCACUCUUCCAAACACCCUUGUGAUUGGGAUCCCGCUUCUAACUGCAAUGUAUGGUGAUUUCUCGGCCAGUCUCAUGGUACAAAUUGUUGUUCUACAGAGUGUCAUAUGGUACACUAUACUGUUAUUUCUCUUUGAAUAUCGAGGGGCAAGGGCUCUAAUAUCUGAGCAAUUCCCACCUGAUGUUGUUAAAUCCAUUGCUUCUGUUGAAGUCGAGUCUGAUGUUGUCUCGCUCAGUAGUAGGGAGCCCUUGCAAGCUGAUAUGGAAACCAUGAAGGAUGGUAAACUGCGGGUUUUGAUUAAGAGAUCAUAUUCAUCAUCAAGAUCUUUGGCAUCUCAUGGUCUUAUUUCUCAGAAUUCAAUUGCGUUGAGGGAUUUUGAUUAUGGCGAAAUGGAAAUCUUCUCGCUUUCAUCUAGAGAAACAAGUCCGAGGGCUUUGAACUUCAAGAAGGCCAGUUUUUAUCCGAUGUCAUCUAGAAAGGUUACUGGCCUGAGGGCGGAAUAUGAUUAUAACUUAAAUGAGAAUAAGGAGAUUAGGUUUGAAAAGCUCAAAGGAGUACGGACUAGGAACCUUGACUCCAUCUCUUCUUAUCCCAUCCCAAAUCCAACUCUAUCUGAGUUAGAUAUGGAUUCGAUAAAUAGAACCGGUGCUAAUGAUGGUCUCCAUAUGUUUGUUUGGAGCACCAGUUCAAGGACAGUACCUGAAGAAGAUCUGAGAGAUGACGUUAGAACUGCUUAUAUCAAUUCUAGUGACGACGAAUUUUCUAAAACUGGUUCUCAUCAGAAGACUGGUGGUUUAAGAGGUAGAUCUGUCUCUGUGUAUGUAUCUCAGUAUCUGUGUAUUCAAGCUAUCUUAUGUACCGAUAUCUCCAGCAAUCAUGCUAAUCCAAAGAGGAAGACAGGAAGAGAUGUGGAGUUGUGUGCAGAAGAUGAACUCAAAAGAAAAAAUUCAAAGCUUCCUGUAACAGAAUCUCGACUUAUAGCUAUAGAUAAAGCUGGAGAAGAUGAGGAAGGAGAGCAAGUAAAUGUCAGCAGCGCAAUGCCACCGGCUACUGUUGUGACUAAGCUUAUAAUUAUCAUGGUCUGGAGGAAGCUUAUCCGAAACCCUAACACUUAUGGAAGCAUAAUUGGCCUUGUAUGGUCCCUCAUAUCAUUCAGGUGGAAUGUUGGGUUGCCUAAGAUUAUAUAUGGCUCCAUAACUAUACUAUCUAAUACAGGCUUAGGGUUGGCUAUGUUCAGCUUAGGCCUCUUCAUGGCUUUGCAACCAAAGAUCGUAACAUGUGGGAAGAAGGUGGCAUUGUUCUCCAUGGCUGUCAAGUUCUUGGUGGGCCCCAUAGUGAUCACGGUGACCUCCGUAGCCAUUGGCCUCCGUGGGGAUCUUUUACGCGUGUCCAUCUUGCAGGCAUCUCUUCCUCAAGGGAUAGUUCCUUUUGUGUUUGCGAAGGAGUAUGCUUGUCAUGCUGGCAUUCUUAGCACCGCGGUUAUCUUUGGAAUGUUCCUUUCCCUGCCUGUAACAAUCAUAUACUAUAUUCUUCUCGGGUUGAAAGUAUGACACAGCAAAAUCCCCGAUGAAUGCAUACAAAUCCUUGAUUUUCUCAGUGUUUUCGAUAACCCUCUCGUUGGAAUUUAAUUAAUAGAAUUUGUAUGAAAUUUUCAUAAAAUUUCCUUGUUCGUGCCAUCCUCUGGAGCCUUUUGUUUCUUGUAGGGACAUUUGAGCUUCCUAUCUUCUCUCUGGAGAGAAUAUGUGCGAGGAUUGCUCUUUCUUCUGGUACUUGUAAUUUUCUUUCUCCUGCCUGAACAUGACAACGGAUGCUCUGGAUAAGCUUGUGAGAUAAGUUCUUAGCAGGUGGAAUUUGUAAGUGAUAUUUCUUGUAAUUUGUUCAUUAAUGAGUGACUUCUUUUUCACUUUU